AUGCUUACCAAAGAUAGCAUCUCAGAGCUAAGUGCUUAGACUAUGACUACAAAUCUGACUAAUACCUCAAAUGUAAUAAACUAUAAACUCAAACUUAAGCAAAUAAGUGAUACACUGAAAGAUAUUGAUAACAGUUAAACUGGCUUUGUGAAGUCAAGCACAUUUCAGAAUCUGGUAGAGAUCACCGUUGAAUAAGUUGAUCAUGAAAUCCUGAGAAAGAUUAUCAAUAAGUACUAAAAAUCAGAUGACAAGCAUCUUAUAGACUACAGUAAAGCACUUAAGACUUUAUUCUUAGCAAUGAAGAUAAAACAUAAGCCCAAUCCACACUAAUCAAAUACAAGAAAUUAAGAUAACCAAUCAACUCUGUCUAACUAUCAAAUGAGUGUUAAUAUCAGCUACAAUAAUAAAGAAGACAACAGUAGAAAUGUAAAAGAAUAACAGUUAUCUGUUGGUCAUAACAAACAGAGCAAAUCACUUAAUAGCUAAAUUAGGCCACAGUCAGUUAUAGUAGAAAAGGAGAGCUAGAGAUAAAGUGUGGUUUCAGGCAAGGAAUCCUUUCAGUCUAGCAUCAAGGAGUAGCUUGGCAAUAGAGACAAGAAUAAUAUUUGCAGAAUAAAGGAUAUGAUAUACAACUGUGGAGAAUACACCAUGGGCGAUGAAAAUUCAAAAAUGGAUAUAAACUUUAAAAAAAACUCUAUGGAAUUCCCUGACUACUUCAGAGACAAAAACCAACUCACUGGCGAGGUAGAAGCUUACAAUUCUAAGUUUAAACAAAGCCAGUUAAAGAAACGCAUAGCUUUAAUACCCUAGAUUCAGCUGCAAUCACAACCAAUAGAAACUCAAAGCAAUGCCGCUUGCAGUAUCAUUGACAACAAAACCAAUACAAACACUCAUUUUAUGUAGCAAUUAGACACCGAAGAGAACGGCAGACUAAGCCUGCAAUAGUUCUUGGAGAUAUUCUCUCAGGUAACUAAAAAUGCAUGGCAUAAUCUUGAUUAAGUCAACAAUACAAAUGGGGGAAUAGUAGAGUUUGAAAAGCUUAAUAGAGUGAUUGAUCUUUAUCAUUACUUCCCAAGCCACUAAAGAAAUAGAGGAAAGAACCAAAGCUCUGAAAUGUACUACGUCCUCUCUUCAAAUAAGGCUGAUAAGCAUGGUGCUCUUAACCUUGUAAUUAUUUCGAAACCGUUUUAUAUAUUUUAAGGAAUAAAAAGAUUAAUUGCUGGAUAAUAUGGAUCAUCUUUGGGAAAGAAUCAGCUCUAAGUACUACAAAACAGCUAAUGCUUUCAAAUACUUAGACAUCAAUAAAGUAACCUCUCAUUUUGGGUUCAUUGUUUCUAGAAUGGCAAAGUCUCCUUUAAUGAGUUCAUGUUUGGCUGUGAAAAUCUUGGGAUGAAGUUCACAUAAAAGGACUUGCAUUAAAUAUUCGUGUACUUGGAUAAGAAUCAAGACAGUAUGAUAGACUACAAUGAAUUCUGCAAUCUGACUGAGGAAAAACGCAAGAAUAUAGAUCCAUUUUAGAAUGCUGAAUAAAGAUAAAAAGCUAUUGAUAGCCAUAACUAAUCAAGACUGGGAAGCAUAGGGUAGAACAGCAUGAUUGAGCAAGAUGAGACUAAAAUAUUUGAGAAGAAGAAGCAUUUAUUUGAUCCUUAGCAUUAUUUGGGCAAGAACUCCAAUUAAAUAGCAGAACAGAAGGAUGAAAUAGAUCAUUGCAUCAGUGUUAAACUGGCUUAGUAUAAAAGCAGGAAGCUAUAGCAAAAAUUUCUUGAUUCCUCGAUUAAUGAUCAAGAAUCUAUUUUGAAGCAUAAUCAGCUGAAAAGAGAUACUGAGGGGAAAUAUAUAAGAGAUCUCGAUUCGACCCCUUCAAUUAGAGAUACUAUUUAAGAAUAGUAUAAAAGUGUUGUAAGGCUAAAUAAAAGCUUUAAUGAUAGAGGAUACGGAAGAAGGAUAGAUAGAGACGACAAAGAGAUUGGCAGUUUGAUGAAUCAUGAAUAUCAACAAAAAUAUCUUUAAGAUGCUUUGACUAAUGAAUAUAAAUACUAGAAUUAGAUAGACACCUAGAAAGAUAGGUUAAAGAAACAAAGGUAGAAAGACCUUGACAAUUAUGUAAUAAGACUGAAUAAGAAGAGGGGAUAAAACAUUGCAAGCAAUAGCAAUAAUAAUUCCUAGCUUGUGACUUUAAGUUAAUCAGUAAGUAGAAACGGAGAGCAGUCUAGAAACUAAAGUCAUAGUCAUACAAUCAGCUUGAAUAAGUUUGGACUAAUGAAGAAGUAAAAUGUGGACCCUAGGAUAUAUCAGUCCAUUGGGGAGAAUAUUUAUAGAGAUAAUAAGUUAGAUCCACUAUUUAAAGGAGGACUUAACAAUUAAGCAAUCAACUAAAGAAGUGUCUUUGAUUCAGAGAAGAAGCGCAGAUCUCUUUCAAUUUUACCAAUUGCUUAGCAGUCUGCAGUUGUAACAUUACCAGAUGCAUUGGCUAAUCAUAAAGCAGCAGAGAUUCCACUGAUUAAUGAUAGAAGCAGAUCUAAGGAUCUGUAUAGAUCAGUAGAUGUGCCUUUAAAGGAGAUUUAUAGUAGAUCGAUAAACAAAGGAGAGAGGCUGAAUACAGCUGACAGUACGAUGUCUUAUCUCUCAGAUGCUAAGAAUAGUCUGAUGAAUAGACAAAACUUGAGUAAAAAUGCCAAUAUUAUUGGUAAUAAUUCUAAUAUAAAAGAUAUCAUGAUUAGAAAUAAUGAUAUAAACCUGCAUACUCAGAAGAGGAAUACUAUGGCAUAGCUUAAAAAGCCUAUUCAAUUAUGA